UUAGUAAUAUGCUUAUUAUUGUGCUAAUCUUUUAGGUAAGUACGGAAAACUUAAAAAAGCAUAUAAAAACCAAAACUUUGGGUAAUACUAGUAAUAAAUAUAUUCAUAACAACCAAAUGCAACUGCACACAUCUACAUUACUGCACACUUCCCCUUUGAAACCAAAACAAAGGUCUCACGGUGAGUUCAUUGUUUUCAUGCCAAAGCUGUGUCUCCUUGGCAACAGGCUGUAAACUCAAAGCUGCUUCAGGCAGAGACGCAAUGAAAACAAAGGACUGACCCUCAAAACACAAGGACAUAAACACAGAAGCUAUUGAACUUCAUUUAAAUCAUACAUUUCAAUCCAGAGAAGCAACAAACUGCUGGCACAGAACACCGGAGCAUGAGUAAACAUGAAGAAGGCAGAUUAGUGGAGCAGCUCUUGAAGGAAGAGCUUGAGGAUGUGGCUCUGGAGCUGGAGCAGGGAGUCUAUGGCUGGGAAGACAUUGACCUGCCUCAUGAUUCACAGGGCUCCACUCCUCUUAUUAGUGCCUGCAGCAGGGGCCUUACUAGGGUUAUGCAUUUCCUUCUGGAGAGAGGAGCUGAUGCUACACUGUGUAACAAUAGCAACCAGACAGCUCUUCAUGUCUGUCGACCAUCACUUCAGGAGGAACUGUUGAUGACCAUGACCAGACCUGACCAGAGACAGCUCUCAUUAGCAGCCUGGAGGGGAGACCUCUGCUGUCUACAGGACCUGAUGGGCCAGACAGAUAUGCAUGACUUAAAUAAACAGAAUAGAGACGGACUGACCCCACUGAUGCUGGCUGUAAGAGAUGUGGAUCUGUUUGAAGGUCUGGCGCUGCCUUGGGACUAUCAACCUGUGGAAGUGGUGAAGAAACUUAUGUCUCUUACAGCUGACAUGAAGAUCCUUGAUCAAAAUGGUCACACUGCUCUGUGGUACAUUUCUCAUCUCAAGAGCACCAAGCGAGAGGAACUCUUCGCUAUAUUAGAUUCCUCAAUGCAAACAGGUAAAAUACUGCGCAUUUUAAAGUUUUAUCAUCAUAAGUUGUGUAUUAGAUUUUAUCUUAUUGCAAUUAAGUCUUUUCAGAAAAUGAACCUCUAUUUUCAGUACCAUUUAUUAGAAAGCAAUCCCACAUAGCUAAAUAUCUCUGGCCCACACACUCAAUUUUUACUUGGUCCACAUGCAGCAGUGAAUUACGGUACAUGACUGGACCAAGUCUGGCUUCCAGACAAGGGCCAAACACGGACCGUAUCUGGGCGAAGUCUCAGCCAAGUUAAUAACCCAUAACUGAGCCUGAACUGGGCCAGAUAUGUUGGUGUGACACGACUGCAAUGAAACUAAUAAACCCACGAAUCAUUGCGCUUUAAGCAUUGUAUUCAUUCUAAGCGACGUGAUUGGUAGAAUUAGUUUUUCUUUAUUUGAAAAUAAUAAAAAUUUAUUUUAAAAGUGGGUCAAGAUAGGCAAACCUUACAUGGCCCACAUAUAAAUGAUUAACAUCUGGCUCAAGUAUUGUGUGCCGCCUUAAAGACGGUGCGCCUCAGCCAAACCAGGACCAUAUUUGGCCCACAUGCUGUAUGCAAGUGAUGAAUCCCUGCUGUGCAAGAUUGAUGCCAAAUCUGGGCCAGAAUUCUUUGCUACCUGGGAUUGUUACAUGAAUAUGCUCACUCAUGCAAGAAUAUGAAU